AUCCUGAGCACGGUGGAGGCCCAGGCUCCCGGUACCCCCGGGCCCUCGGGCUGCGGCCCCGUCCCGGUGGCGGUGCCGGUGGUGGCGGUGCCGGGGCCAGGGGUGGGGGCGGCGCUGCCCAACGGGGCCCCCCCGGGUCCCCCCACGGCCGACGACAGCAAAACCAACCUGAUCGUCAACUACCUGCCCCAGAGCAUGAGCCAGGAGGAGCUGAGGAGCCUCUUUGGCAGCCUCGGGGACAUCGAGUCCUGCAAGUUGGUCCGUGACAAGGUCACCGGACGGUACCACCCUGGUGACUCCCAUCGGUCCCCUCAGCAGAUCCUGAGCACGGUGGAGGCCCAGGCUCCCGGUACCCCCGGGCCCUCGGGCUGCGGCCCCGUCCCGGUGGCGGUGCCGGUGGUGGCGGUGCCGGGGCCAGGGGUGGGGGCGGCGCUGCCCAACGGGGCCCCCCCGGGUCCCCCCACGGCCGACGACAGCAAAACCAACCUGAUCGUCAACUACCUGCCCCAGAGCAUGAGCCAGGAGGAGCUGAGGAGCCUCUUUGGCAGCCUCGGGGACAUCGAGUCCUGCAAGUUGGUCCGUGACAAGGUCACCGGGCAGAGCUUGGGCUACGGCUUCGUCAACUACGUGGAGGCGGGGGACGCCGACAAGGCCAUCAGCACCCUCAACGGCCUCAAGCUGCAGACCAAGACCAUCAAGGUGUCCUACGCCCGGCCCAGCUCGGCCUCCAUCCGUGACGCCAACCUCUACGUGAGCGGCCUCCCCAAGGCCAUGGGGCAGAAGGAGAUGGAGCAGCUCUUCUCCCAGUACGGCCGCAUCAUCACCUCCCGCAUCCUGGUCGACCAGGUCACAGGUGUCUCGCGGGGGGUGGGCUUCAUCCGCUUCGACAAGCGGGUGGAGGCGGAGGAGGCGGUUCGGGGGCUGCACGGCCAGAAGCCCUUGGGCGCCGCCGAACCCAUCACCGUCAAGUUCGCCAACAGCCCCGGCCAAAAAUCGGGGGGGGCCCUGCUCAGCCUCUGCCCCAGCGCCCGCCGAUACGGGGGGGCCCUGCACCACCCCCCACAGAGGUUCCGGCUCGACAACUUGUUGAACGUGGCCUACGGUGUGAAGAGGUUCUCCCCGUUGGCCAUCGAGGCGGUGCCGGGAUUGGCCGGGGUUGGUUUGGGGGCCCCCAGCGCCGGUUGGUGCAUCUUCGUCUACAACUUGGCACCCGAAGCCGACGAGAGCGUCCUCUGGCAGCUCUUCGGACCUUUCGGGGCCGUCACCAACGUCAAGGUCAUCCGGGACUUCGCCACCAACAAGUGCAAGGGCUUCGGCUUCGUCACCAUGACCAACUACGAGGAGGCGGCCAUGGCCAUCGCCAGCCUCAACGGCUACCGCCUGGGCGACCGCGUCCUCCAGGUCUCCUUCAAGACCAGCAAACAGCACAAGGCCUGAGCCCCACAACCUGCCCCCCAACCAACCCCGGCCAUCGGGUGUCCCCCCAAGAACCACCAGGAUAUGGGGACCCCCCCAUGAGGAGACCAUGGAGAACCCCAACCCAACCCGACACCUUGGAGACACCUUCCAUGGGCACUGAGGACACCGUGGGGGGCACCCCAAAGACCAUGGAGAACCCACCUCCUCAACCCAACCCCUUGGACACCUUGGGGACACCUUCCAUGGGCACUGAGGACACCGUGGGGGGCACCCCAAAGACCAUGGAGAACCCCAACCCAACCCAACCCCUUGGACACCUUGGGGACACCUUCCAUGGGCACUGAGGACACCGUGGGGGACACCCCAAAGACCUUGGAGAACCCCAACCCAACCCAACCCCUUGGACACCCUCCAUGGACACUGAGGACACCAUGGGGGGCACCCCAAAGACCAUGGAGAACCCCAACCCAACCCCUUGGACACCUUGGGGACACCUUCCAUGGGCACUGAGGACACCGUGGGGGACACCCCAAAGACCUUGGAGAACCCCAACCCAACCCAACCCCUUGGACACCUUGGGGACACCUUCCAUGGGCAUCGUGGAGACCUUGGAGACCCCCCACCACCACCACAGCCCCCGAGGACACCGUGGGGGGCACCCCAAAGAUCUUGGAAACCCCCCACCAUCCCCGCAGCCCCCCAAGAACACCAUGGGGGGCACCCCAAAGAUCUUGGAGACCCCCCACCACCACCUCAUCCCCUGAGGACACCGUGGGGGGCACCCCAAAGACCUUGAAGACCCCCCACCACCACCACCAGAGCCCCCGAGG